GCGGCGGCGGGUGAGGGCGGAAGUAGCGUCGUCCCUGAGCGCGGCGGGGCAACAUGGUGGAGAAGAAGGUGUCAGGCCGGUGCCCGGAGGCGGCGCAGCGCCGGGUGCUCGACCGGGCGACGCGGCAGCGACGCCUCAACCGGCAGCUCGAAGCCCUGGAGAACGACAACUUCGGCGACGACCCCCAGGCCGGGCUGCCGCGACCCGGCAAGCGGCUGCCCCACUUCGCCGACACCGCCGAGACAGGGAAGAAGAAGAAGAAGACGCGGGGCGACCACUUCAAGCUGCGCUUCCGCAAGAACUUCCAGGCGCUGCUGGAGGAGCAGAACCUGAGCGCGGCCGAGGGCCCCAACUACGUGUCGGCCUGCGCCGGCCCCUCGCGCCUGCCCCAGCGUCACUUCUGCGCCGUCUGCGGCUUCCCCUCCGCCUACACCUGCGUCUGCUGCGGCGCCCGCUACUGCUCCAGCCGCUGCCUCGGCACCCACCAGGACACCCGGUGCCUGAAGUGGACGGUGUGACGGGGCCACCGCUGCCACCGCCCGUGGGGCCACGUCCUCCCCCCCCCCCGCCCCCGCCCCAUGGCUCCCUUGGGUGCCCCCCACCCACCCCCCAUGUCCCCACGCGGGUCUCCGCCGCGGACGUCCCCCUGGAAUCCCCACCCGUGUUCCCCCCCCCUCCACGUCCUCCCACGGGUGUCCCCACGGGUGGCCUCCCGUGUCACUCCCACGUCCCCACAGGUGUCCAUCCCGUGUCCUCCCCACGGGUGUCCCCACGGGUGUCCAUCCCGUGUCCCUCCCACGUCCCCACGGGUGUCCCCACGGGUGUCCCUCCCGUGUCCUUCCCGUGUCCCCACGGGUGUCCAUCCCGUGUCCUUCCCGUGUCCCCACGGGUGACCUCCCGUGUCCCUCCCAUGUCCCCACGGGUGUCCCCACGGGUGUCCUUCCCGUGUCCCCACUCAUGUCCCUCCCGUGUCCUUCCCGUGUCCCCACGGGUGUCCCUCCCGUGUCCUUCCCGUGUCCCCACGGGUGACCUCCCGUGUCCCUCCCAUGUCCCCACGGAUGUCCCCACGGGUGUCCAUCUCGUGUUCCCACUCAUGUCCCUCCCACGUCCCCACGGGUGUCCCCACGGGUGUCCCCACGGGUGUCCCUCCCGUGUCCCCACAGGUCUCCUCCCGUGUCCCCCCCGUGUCCCCAAGGGUGUCCCCACGGGUGCCCCUCCCGUGUCCCUCCCCACGGGUGUCCCCUCCCGUGUCCCUCCCCACGGGUGUCCCCUCCCGUGUCCCCCCCGUGUCCCCACGGGUGUCCCCACGGGUGCCCCCCCGUGUCCCUCCCCACGGGUGUCCCCUCCCGUGUCCCCCCCGUGUCCCUCCCCACGGGUGUCCCCCCUCCCCGCGUGACACCCACCCGCCCCGCUGCCCGCAGGGGCCCAGGCGUCCGGGCCGCCCCCUCCCCCCCCCCCCCCCCCCAGCCACGACUCCUGCCCCCGGGGUGGCACCUCCGCAGCUGUUUAAUAUUAAAGGCCCCGCCCCUCGCCGCCGGGGCCUGGCUCCCCAUUGGCUGGGGGAGGAGGCGUGGCUCAGC